AUGGUCUUCUGUGGGAUUCGAAGCCCGAUGGCAUAUUCGGAAACCGCCGAUACGUUAGGCAUUUGUUCAAAAAGUUUUAAUGAUAAAUCUACAUUACUAAAACAUUUACUAAUUCACACUAGUGAAAAACCAUUUAAGUGUAACAUUUGUUCGAAAUGUUUUAAUCAGAAAUCAAACUUACAGCAACAUUUAAUAAUUCACACUGGCGAAAAACCAUUCAAAUGUAAUAUUUGUUCCAAAAUGUUUAAUUGGAAAUCAAACUUACAGCACCAUUCAAUAACUCAUAGUGAUGAAAAACCAUUCAAGUGUGACAUUUGUUUCAAAGGCUUUAAACAGAAAUCACAGUUACAGCAACAUUUAAUAAGUCACACUGGUGAGAAACCAUUCAAAUGUAAUAUUUGUUUAAAAGGUUUUACUCAUAAACUUUCCUUUAACCGACAUUCAAUGUUUCACAACGGUGAAAGUCCAUUCAAGUGUAACAUUUGUUUCAAAAUUUUUACUCAGAAAGCGCAUUUACAGCAACAUUUAAUAAUUCACAGUGGUGCAAAACCAUUCAAGUGUGACAUUUGUUCAAAAUGUUUUAAUAAUAAAUCUACCUUACUAAAACAUUUACUAAUUCACAGUCGUGAAAAACUAUAUAAGUGUAACAUUUGUUCGAAAUGUUUUUUUCAGAAAUCAAACUUACAGCAACAUUUAAUAAUUCACACUGGCGAAAAACCAUUCAAAUGUAAUAUUUGUUCCAAAAUGUUUGCUUGGAAAUCAAGCUUACAGCACCAUUCAAUAACUCAUAGUGAUGAAAAACCAUUCAAGUGUGACAUUUGUUGCAAACGUUUUCGUAAUAAAUCUACCUUACGACGUCAUGUAAAAAGUCACAGUAACGAAAAACCAUUUAAGUGCGAUAUUUGUUCUAAAGGAUUUACUCGAAAAUCACACUUACAGAAACAUUUAACAAUUCACAGUGAUUAA